AUGGCUCCCUCCGCGACCCAGAGUGCCGCGCCCGCUAAAAAGGGCGAAACCUUGCGCGGCAAGGCCAAGGAAAAGGAUGUGCGCAUCUCCAACAUCAUUGCGGCCAAAGCUAUUGCAAACGCCAUCCGCACCAGUUUGGGACCCCGCGGAAUGGACAAGAUGAUCCAACAAGGCAACGGCGAAGUGAUCAUUUCGAACGACGGUGCAACGAUCUUGACGCAAAUGCAAGUGUACCACCCGACGGCCAAGAUGCUAGUCGACUUGUCCAAGUCCCAGGACAUUGAGGCUGGUGACGGCACCACGAGCGUAUGCGUGAUUGCGGGUUCGCUCCUGUCUGCCUGCGAAGACUUGUUGGAGAAGGGCAUUCACCCUACACACAUCUCCGAAGCCUUUGGGAUCGCGUCGACCAAGGCGGAACAAAUCCUCACCGCCAUGGCACGCCCCGUCGACUUGGCUAACCGCGACGAGCUCAUUCAGUGUGUCACGACGUCGCUGUCGUCCAAGGUGAUUUCUGAAUACUCGGACCGUCUGUCUCCCAUCGCGGUGGACGCUGUCUUGAAUGUGAUUGACAUCGCAACCGCCACCAACGUCGACCUCCGCGACGUCAAGGUCGUCAAGCAACUCGGGGGCACGAUCGAUGACUCGCAGCUUAUCAACGGGUUGGUUUUCUCCAAGGGCUUUGAAAAGACGAGCGGGGUCGACUUGCCCGCAACGAUUGAGAACGCCAAGAUCGCGCUCAUCCAAUUCUGCCUGUCGGCGCCCAAGACGGACAUGGAGAACAACGUUGUGAUCAACGAUUACUCGGCGAUGGACCGCAUCCUCCGCGAAGAGCGCAAGUACAUUUUGAACUUGUGCAAGCAGGUCAAGAAGGCCGGUGUGAAUGUGCUCUUGAUUCAAAAGUCGAUUUUGCGCGAUGCCACCAACGACCUGAGUUUGCACUUUUUGGCCAAGAUGGGCAUCCACGUCAUCACGGACAUUGAGCGCAACGACAUUGAGUACAUCAGCACGACCCUUGGGUGCCUGCCCGUCGCCCACAUCGAGUCGCUUACGGCGGACAAGCUCGGUACGGCCGGCCUUGUCCAAGAAGAGUCGCUGGGUGGCCACAAGGUGGUUAAAAUCACGGAAGUGGUCAAGCCAGGCAAAACCAUGUCGAUCUUGGUGCGCGGAUCCAAUAAAUUGGUGCUCGAAGAAGCCGAACGCUCGUUGCAUGAUGCUUUGUGUGUCGUGCGGUCGUUGGUGAAGAAGCGCUUCCUCAUCUGUGGUGGCGGGGCGCCUGAAAUUGAGGUCGCAUUGCAACUGGCCGAAUACGGUCGCACGCUGCAAGGGACGGCAGCGUACUGUUUACAAGCGUUUGCCGAUGCGUUGGAAGUGAUUCCGUACACAUUGGCUGAAAACGCCGGACUGCACCCGAUCGGCAUUGUCACAGAGCUCCGUGCCAAACACGCGGCCGGCGACAAGGCCGCCGGCAUCAACGUCCGAAAAGGAGGCAUCAGCAACAUGUACGACCUGAACGUGCUGCAGCCGCUUUUGGUCAACACGAGCGAAAUCAGUUUGGCGGCGGAAUGUGUUCGCAUGAUUCUGAAAAUCGACGACAUCGUGAUGGUGCGUUAG